AUGAACACGUGCCCACCGACAGAGCCAGGAUCACAAGACCACCCACAGAACAAAACAAUGUACCCCCACAUAGAGAGCCAGGAAUACAAACCCACCCACAGAACCAAAAACAUGUACCCCCCACCCAUAGAACCAGGAAUAAUUGCACACCCAAAGAACCAGGAACAUAACCAGAAGUUAAUACCCCCUAACCCACAGAAUCAGGAGCAUGUACCCCCAACACACAGAAUCAGAAGCAUAUACCCCUCAUCCACAGAACCAGGAGUAUGCAACUCCUCACUCAUAGAACCAGGAGCACAUAUCCCCUCACCCACAGAACCAGGAGCACAUAUCCCCUCACCCACAGAACCAGGAGCACAUAUCCCCUCACCCACAGAACCAGGAGCACAUAUCCCCUCACCUACAGAACCAGGAGCACAUAUCCCCUCACCUACAGAACCAGGAGCACAUAUCCCUUCACCCACAAAACCAGGAGCACAUACCUCCUCACCCACAGAACCAGGAGCACAUAUCCCCUCACCCACAGAACCAGGAGCCCAUAUCCCCUCACCCACAGAACCAGGAGCACAUAUCCCCUCACCUACAGAACCAGGAGCACAUACCCCCUCACCUACAGAACCAGGAGCACAUAUCCCUCACCCACAAAACCAGGAGCACAUACCCCCUCACCCACAGAACCAGGAGCACAUAUCCCCUCACCCACAGAACCAGGAGCACAUAUCCUCUCACCCACAGAACCAGGAGCACAUAUCCCCUCACCCACAGAACCAGGAGCACAUAUCCCCUCACCCACAAAACCAGGAGCACAUACCCCCUCACCCACAGAACCAGGAGCACAUAUCCCCUCACCCACAGAACCAGGAGCACAUAUCCCCUCACCCACAGAACCAGGAGCACAUAUCCCCUCACCCACAGAACCAGGAGCACAUAUCCCCUCACCCACAGAACCAGAGCACAUAUCCCCUCACCCACAAAACCAGGAGCACAUAUCCCCUCACCCACAAAACCAGGAGCACAUACCCCCUCACCCACAGAACCAGGAGCACAUAUCCCCUCACCCACAAAACCAGGAGCACAUACCCCUCACCCACAGAACCAGGAGCACAUAUCCCCUCACCCACAGAACCAGGAGCACAUAUCCCCUCACCCACAGAACCAGGAGCACAUAUCCCCUCACCUACAGAACCAGGAGCACAUAUCCCCUCACCUACAGAACCAGGAGCACAUAUCCCCUCACCCACAAAACCAGGAGCACAUACCUCCUCACCCACAGAACCAGGAGCACAUAUCCCCUCACCCACAGAACCAGGAGCCCAUAUCCCCUCACCCACAGAACCAGGAGCACAUAUCCCCUCACCUACAGAACCAGGAGCACCUACCCCCUCACCUACAGAACCAGGAGCACAUAUCCCUCACCCACAAAACCAGGAGCACAUACCCCCUCACCCACAGAACCAGGAGCACAUAUCCCCUCACCCACAGAACCAGGAGCACAUAUCCUCUCACCCACAGAACCAGGAGCACAUAUCCCCUCACCCACAGAACCAGGAGCACAUAUCCCCUCACCCACAAAACCAGGAGCACAUAACCCCUCACCCACAGAACCAGGAGCACAUAUCCCCUCACCCACAGAACCAGGAGCACAUAUCCCCUCACCCACAGAACCAGGAGCACAUAUCCCCUCACCCACAGAACCAGAAACCAGGAGCACAUAUCCCCUCACCCACAGAACCAGGAGCACAUAUCCCCUCACCUACAGAACCAGGAGCACAUAUCCCCUCACCUACAGAACCAGGAGCACAUAUCCCCUCACCCACAAAACCAGGAGCACAUACCUCCUCACCCACAGAACCAGGAGCACAUAUCCCCUCACCCACAGAACCAGGAGCACAUAUCCCCUCACCCACAAAACCAGGAGCACAUAACCCCUCACCCACAGAACCAGGAGCACAUAUCCCCUCACCCACAGAACCAGGAGCACAUAUCCCCUCACCCACAGAACCAGGAGCACAUAUCCCCUCACCCACAGAACCAGAGCACAUAUCCCCUCACCCACAAAACCAGGAGCACAUAUCCCCUCACCCACAAAACCAGGAGCACAUAUCCCCUCACCCACAGAACCAGGAGCACAUAUCCCCUCACCCACAAAACCAGGAGCACAUACCCCCUCAUCCACAGAACCAGGAGCACAUAUCCCCUCACCCACAGAACCAGGACACAUAUCCCCUCCCCCACAGAACCAGGAGCACAUACCCCCUCACCCACAAAACCAGGAGCACAUACCCCCCACCCACAGAACCAGGAGCACAUAUCCCCUCACCCACAGAACCAGGAGCACAUAUCCCCUCACCCACAGAACCAGGGGCACAUAUCCCCUCACCCAUAGAACCAGGAGCACAUAUCCCCUCACCCACAGAACCAGGAGCACAUACCCCCUCACCCACAGAACCAGGAGCACAUACCUCCUCACCCACAGAACCAGGAGCACAUAUCCCCUCACCCAUAGAACCAGGAGCACAUAUGCCCUCAUCUACAGAACCAGGAGCACAUAUCCCUCACCCACAAAACCAGGAGCACAUACCCCCUCACCCACAGAACCAAGAGCACAUAUCCCCUCACCCACAGGACCAGGAGCACAUAUCCUCUCACCCACAGAACCAGGAGCACAUAUCCCCUCACCCACAGAACCAGAAGCACAUAUCCCCUCACCCACAGAACCAGGAGCACAUAUCCCCUCACCCAUAG